CAUGGCAUAACUCCAAUUUGAUCUUGUGAUACAAUUUCUCUAACAACUACAAGCGCCAGAUAUCUACGCCCGUUCAUCAUGAUGCGGUCGCCGUCUUUUCCCAGUGAUGCGAAGGGGUCUCCUCGUGUUACGCUGCUAGCGAGGAGAUCGUAUCGUUCGCCACCCAAACAUUCGAUAUUAUUUACUACUAUUUUCUUAUCCCUGGUGGUAGUCUCGAGUUACUUUUAUUGUCACCGUUAUGCGCGGCUGCAAGAAUCAUAUGCUAGUCAUGAGGUGUAUGCUCCCAACCUAUUGAUUGAUGGCCAUAAUGACUUUCCAAUAUGGAUCCGAGCUUUUUAUCGCAACCAUAUCUAUCAAAAGAAUUUCAGCCAGGAAGCAGGGCUCUUUGGACAGGUUGACUUUCCUCGGCUGAAGGAAGGAGGGGUGAGAGGUCAAUUCUGGAGCGUAUAUGUUGAAUGCCCAGAGAACGCAGACAACCAUUCGGAAGCUGUGCUCAAUGAGAUAGUCCAUGAUACCCUCCAGCAGAUCGAUCUCGUGCACCGCCUCAUUCGAGAAUAUCCCAUAUAUAUGGAGCAUGCAUGGUCAGCGACCGACAUCAGCAGAAUAUCCAGUUCCAUCCCUACAAUAGCCUCACUGAUGGGCAUCGAAGGCCUGCACCAGAUCAGCAAUAGUGCGAGCAUACUGCGCAUGUACUACUCUCUCGGCGUCAGGUAUGCCACGUUGACCCACACUUGUCAUAAUGCCUAUGCAGACAGCGAGGAGCCUGCAGUACCUCUCCACAAGGGACUUUCCGAGGCAGGCAGGGAAAUUGUAAAGGAAAUGAACCGCAUCGGCAUGAUCGUGGACUUAUCUCACACGAGCUUCGAGACGCAGCGUGAUGCAUUGUAUGUAACCGCCGCACCUGUGAUCUACUCGCAUUCCAAUGCGUAUACACGUUGUGCCCAUACUCGGAAUGUGCCCGAUGAUAUCCUUCGGUCGCUGAAGAGUAAUGACGGUGUUAUCAUGGUGACAUUCUAUGCGUCAUUCCUAGAGCUAAACCCCGACGAUGCCUCUCUCAGUUCUGUGGCAGACCACAUCAUUUACAUAGGCGAUUUGAUUGGUUAUCGACACGUUGGAAUCGGUUCAGACUUUGACGGCAUGGACAAGGGGCCCAAAGGGUUAGAGGAUGUCUCGAAGUACCCGGCGCUUUUCGACGAGCUCCGAAGUCGAGGAGUGGGUGAAGCUGAGUUGCAAGGGGUCAUGGGAAUUAAUGUUCUACGAGUGCUAGAGCAUGUCGAGAAAGUGUCGAGAUCUCUAAGAACAGGAAAUCAUGUUCUGGUGCCUGAUUGUUGGUCAUAA